UGCUUUUCUCCGCUUUGCUCUCUCUCUUUCUUUCUUUCAAUCAUGCCCUCAAUACUCGUUACUAAGAACAUCGGUAAACGUCUCAAUUAUUUUCUAGUUCAAUUUUUAUGAUAUGAUAGCCAUUUCAGUUCCAAUACGAUACGUCUAUACAGAGAAUAGAUGAGAAUAAUCAUAUUUUGAGCUUACGUACGUACUACUCAUAUCUUCAUCGUCACUGCGUUCAUUUAAUUUCUUCUCCUUUUGAUCCCUCAUUUCCAAUUUCUCGUGGAGGAGAAUAUAAUGGCAAGCGGCUUUGUCUCGUCGGAGGAGGAUGAGUUUGAUGCGGGAAGCGAUGGCUACAGCAUCAGCGCUGACGUCAGCGAGUCGGAGAGCUCCACCAGCAGCACUACCUUUUCCUGCGGUCGCCUCGCCCCUUCUUCCUCUCUUUCUACCACCCCACUCGCCGCCUUCUGCUCCAAUUCUAAUUCUCCGCCGCCGGCUCCGACCAUGUUUCCCGCCGUCGUCGGUGGCAGACACGUCUUCAUUCCCACCAUGAAGCCCCCUAAAUCUAAAACAGAUAUGUCAGAAGUUGAAUUGAUGAAAAGUCGGUUUGCAAAGCUGUUGUUAGGGGAAGAUAUGUCUGGUGGAGGAAAAGGAGUGUGCACUGCUCUUGCUAUUUCUAAUGCUAUUACAAAUCUUGCUGCUUCAGUGUUUGGUGAACUCUGGAAAUUGGAGCCAUUGGCACCGCAAAAGAAAUCAAUUUGGCGCCGAGAGAUGGAAUGGCUUCUCUCUGUCAGUGAUUCCAUAGUGGAGCUUGUUCCCUCAAUGCAGGAAUUUCCUAAUGGAGGAACCUUCGAGGUUAUGGUGCCUCAACCACGCUCAGACCUAUACAUCAAUCUUCCAGCACUCAAAAAAUUAGAUGCAAUUCUUAUAAACAUCUUGGAUGGCUUUCACAACUCUGAAUUUCGUUAUGUUGACCGAGGAGUAGUUGUUGCUGAUGGAGAACAGAUUGAAACAUGCCCUCGUUCUCUGUCCUCUCAUAGGCCUUCCAUUAGGCUUGAAGAGAAAUGGUGGUUACCAUUUCCAAAGGUCCCGUCAAAUGGUUUGUCUGAAGAAUCAAGGAACCAAUUGAUUCAAUGUAGGGAGUGCACCAGUCAAAUUUUCAAGGCUGCUUUGGCAAUAAACACUAGUGUACUGUUUGAGAUGGAAGUGCCGAAAGUUUACAUGGAGAGCUUGCCCAAGAGUGGAAAAGAGUCUUUAGGUGAAACCCUCUACAGUGACAUUACUACUGGGCAGUUGUCCCCAGAAUGCCUUCUUGAUUACUUGGACCUAUCAUCAGAGUAUACAGCUUCAGAAAUUGCUAAUAGAAUUGAGGCUGCAAUGCAUAUCUGGAGGCAGAAGCACAGAAAGAAGCAAUUGAAUCCAGCGAAAAGUGGGAAGGCAUCAUGGGGAGGCACAAUGAAAGGUCUUGUUGGUAACAAGGAAAGGAAUAAAAUGUUAUCAGAACGAGCUGAGGCCAUCCUUAGGAGCAUGAAGCUAAAUUUACCUGGGCUCCGGCAGACUACAUUGGACAUGCAAAAGAUUCAGUAUAACAGGGAUGUUGGGCAGUCAAUCCUUGAGAGCUAUUCUAGGGUGUUGGAGAGCAUAGCCUUCAACUUAAUGGCAAGGAUUGAUGAUCUAUUCUACAUAGAUGAUGCCACAAGACGACGUGUUGCUGCAGAGUCAUCUAUGCUCAAUCAGAGAGGGUGUGGUGCAUGUUCUCUGCAGAGGCAGGUUUCUUCUGGCUCACUUUCAUACCAACGAAAACAUAGUGCCCCUUUACCAACAGACCAGGCAUUCCGUCCUUCAGCCUCAUUAGUUGAUGUCUCCAGGAGAACACAUAAUAUGCAAGCCAGAAGGUAAUUAAAUGCAUUAUAACUAAGUACAUGUAAUUACUAUACAAUUCGAUCAAGCUACGGGGCUGCGGAUGGUUCAUCUAAAUUACAUCUUGUACGUCUAUUGUACUCUUUGCUUAGUUCAACUCACUGCAUGAUUUGUAAUCGCGAUUGUCUCAUUUCAUAGUGUAUCACUACAGCAUAUUUUCUGAAUAGCUAGGGUGUCUUCACAUUACUGGUACCUUAGCUUGUGAAACUCACAUCUAGUUAUAUGCAAAUCCCAAUAUUGAGAUUUUCCUGGUA